AAAAAAGGAAUGCCGUUCAGCGGAUAAUUUAUAAAGCUACGAAAUUCAAUUUCAGUCCCUAGGAACUCGACGAACGUACAGUUUGUACGUUCGUCUGCACGACCCGGGCAAACAAACGAUUACUGUAAAUAAACUAACAGCUGUUCAAAACUCACCGUCACUUUUUUGAAUGUUUUAACAGAAAUUUUUUUCAAAUAGUUGAGCAAUAAUAAAUUCAUUCUUCCAAAUAUUGGGGGGUUUUCGGUUUACGAUGAGUCGAGGCAAAAGUUUCACACUCGCGGAUAAAAAGUUUCCCUCGCAAUUCCCGCAGUGGACAACAGGUGAUUUGAAAGUAAGAGAAAGAAGGCGAAGAGAAAAAUAAAAGAAGAUCGGUAAACGGAGCUUUCGGUCGAUCUCGCGGACAAAGAAACCGGCGUCGAAUAGGGUAGUGCGAACGAGCAGUAGAGCAGCGACAAUAACAUCGUACCUAUUUGUUCGCAGCGGAGCCGAAGAGUUCAGUGCUCGCGUGUUUCUGGUUAAUGAGUUUCAUGUAUACCGGGUGUCAUACUACGAAACAAAGUACCGGUCAUCCGGUUUUCUAUUCUACAAAGUUGUCUGUAUUGUUGAGCAACGACAUGUUACUUAGGUAGGGAACAAACACAGUUGCCGUGUAUAUUUCCAAGUACUAACUGUACAACCGUGCGUAGCAGCGGCAACAGCAACUCACCACGGCGAUUACCUUGGGUAGUCUCGAUGCGCGAAUACUGGAUCCGGUGACGGCAAUAUAAAGACUAGGUCACCGUUAUCUACUCGAUAUCGAAGGUUAGACACGGCUAGCCCUGAAGAUGAGGUGUUCCCCUUUUUUCUUAGCUCUGAUCGGCUUCUCGUCUAUUUGCGGGGGUGUUCCGACGGAUGGUUCACCGACGUCCGAUACCGAUAGUCUCGAGACCGUUCCUACGUCUUCGGCGAGAAAACUCCCCAGUCAAGACGUCGGGCUACCGAGUGAACUCGCGUGGCAGGCGUGGCUGGUGGUGGCGAACAAACCGGACGCACAAUCGAGCUUCGAAUCCGCAACGGUUCCACGUCGGAUCAGCCCGAAAAGCGUUUUCGUCGCUCCGCCGCUUACGCUUCCGGCCUGCGCCGAUGGAUACGUAGCCGACUCGAUGGGGAGAUGCAUCAAGGACACGAUUAAAAUCGAUGGCUAUUCCCACCUUAAAUUCGUACUCGAACGCCUCAACGCAAGAUUUGCAGCCAAUAAGGUUGCCUUCGAUGAUUCCGCGGCGGUAGCAUCGGAGCAAAAAGAGUCCGCGGCGUCGGGGCCGCUGCAGGUCAAUAUUUCACUCGGCAUCGAUAGCAACUGGAAUACGGAGUCACGAGAGACGACCGAGAGAUCGUCGGACCGUGAGGAAAAUCCCGAUUCCGACGCCGAUAAAGAGGACCCGGUUGAAAUUUCGGUCGUUCAAGUUCCACCGACGGGGAACAGUUCGGAAGUAAAUGGUGCGAAAACCGAGGCAUCGUUGACCCUGUACAAGGUCGUGAACGGGACGAAAGUUCAUUUGGGAGAUGAAGAUAAGGGCAUGUAUUUUCGAGUUAAUUCUUCGGGGGAUAUCGUAAUGUCUCCGAUACGUGAGAUCGUGGUUCCCGUUGCUGAAUUUUUAGAGGAUAGAAAUCAGACCACUAGUUUCGGUGAUGUGGUAGAUUACGAGAUACCCACCUCUCUUGGAAGUCUGUUCAACGUUACUUCGGUCAAUAAUAUCACGAAGAAGGUCCAGGCAAGCCUGUCGCCCACCGUAGUUCUUUUACUUUCACCGACCAAGGGAACCACGACGACAGCGUCUUCCAGUUCAGAGGUUCCGGGGGAACUUGAUUCCAAGCCAGCGGCAUCCGUAACAGAAAACUCGGAGGGGAAAUUGGAAGCGCAAGAUGGCGGAGGAUUCGACUUCCUAUUUAAUGGAAAAGUCAUCGAAGGAAGACCGUUGGACGACGAGGAAGACCAAAAAGAGAAGGAAGAGUUGAUCGAGGUCAACGAAGAGCUCGAAAAUACGACGACUGAAACGUCGGAAACGAGCCUCACUACCGAAUAUCCCGAAGAAGAGGGAGUCGACACAACAGAUUGGAACGACGAGAUCCUGGCUCACAGCGAAGCGGGAAUGCUGAUUUCUGCCCCUAGCGGUGUCGGAACUUCUUCUUCCGAGGGUGGAACCGAGGUCGGUAGAAUUUCGAGCGAAUCGAGUAUUGAGGGCGACGUAAUAGUGGAAACAACUCUUCUAGACUUGAACACCGGCGCGAUAACCGUAGCCCCGUCGCCGCAAGAUGAGAAGGUCCAAAAUUUUCACGAACUAUCGGUGUCCGACAAAGAGAACGAUAGACAAGAACCUGAAGUGGUCUUCUCUCCUCAGGUAGAAAACCGCAGAAAGACCACAGCGCACCGCGAAGAAAACCUGAAAAUAGACGUCGACGACUCCGCCGCGCUGGAUUCUUACUUGAAGUCCCACGCGUCCGUGCGGUACGUUGCAAGUCUGGAAGAAGAGGGACGAAAUGAUCCCCCGCAGCGAUUGAGGACGCCUGCCACUUCAUCUUCGGGACAUGACUACGUGCGAUUCCCUGACGACAAUACGAGACGUUCUUCCCAAAGCUACGUCCUCUUCCCGUCCGAUCAAUCGGCGAAUAGCAUAAACGGUAAUCUGGACAACUCCAGGGAGCGCAAACCAUACGCUGAGGAAAAUUCGCGCACCUCCUAUAAUUCGGUGCCUCUGGUAAAUGAACCUGUCGUUAAUCAGAAAAAAACUUACUGGCAAUUACCACCCGGGUGGGGGAUUGACGAUCUUCAACCUCCCCCGCAGCCAAUCACUGUUCAAAAAAACGGGGGCUUGGAUAAUUCGCAACGUCAGAAUCCCAUGCUGUUGAGGUUCUGGACGAGGAUGCCGUUGUUUAGAGACCCAAGUUUCCAGGCAGCAAGUAGUCAGUCAUCGCGUCGGGCUUCCUCACGCCCUUCUUCCUCCUCCUCCUCUUCUUCCUCAUCGUCAUCAUCAUCGUCGCCGUCUUCGUAUCAACGAACGGGACAUUUUUACAGAAAAUUACCGACGCAGACUGUAGAUCGUCUAUUGACUCAAAAAAAUCACCAGGGUGUUGGUCAAAUGAUCCACGGUUAGGUAAUAGCUGACGAUGAUUCAUUAUCUCUGAUGAUGUAUAAUGUAUGUGUAUCCUUUUUCUAUCUACGUAUUAUGUGUGGUAGAAUUGGGAGCGGUGCCAAAAAUUUUACAUAUAUACAUAUAUUAUAUAUAACAUACAUGUAUGUAUACAUAUUACGUGUGUAUGUGUUAGUGCAUUAUAAUAAUCCCGCACGAGCCAACUUAAUAAGGGUUGCACAGCCAAUAACGGGUAUAUAUGAUAAUGAAUUGCGUAGAUCUUGUAACGUCUACGUGUAAUAGUAUAAUUAAUGUGAGCUCGAGUACUUGAUUGAGAUUGAUUUUUCAUAUGAUCAAUAGUAAUUAAAUAAAUAGUAUAGUUUUAUUGUUAUUCGUAUAUUACACCUUGCAACAGUAAUUCGCGCAUAAUAAUUUUCGUAAUCUAUCUCGUUCUUAUGGGUCUUCAUUUCAUCGGAUAGUUUACUGUUAAUGUAAAUUAGCAUCAGAGAGAAGAGCAUUAAUAAUUGGGCAGUGCACUAAUUCGAACCAUCGACGUGAGGAACAAAAAAAAGAAAAAAAUUUCAAAUCAGAUUAAAAAUAAAUCGCAUUUUUGUCAACUCACUUCUCACGAUUCCAUUUCCAUCUUCUGCCUGCCCACGUUACUAGAAAAAAUAAAUCGUAGAUGUGUGCAUUCGUCAACAGCGAAAACCGAUGAGCCUCAUUGAAAUUGGCAAGACCUGGAACAAAAAACAAAGAGAUAUCGAAUAACAAAUAUGAUAAACGAUAAAUGAAUAAUUGAAGAUAGGCCGACGAGAUCUUUUGCUUCUCUGAUGUAUGAUUCUUCUCAUUAUGAUCACGUUCUUCAUCUAUAUGUCGCAAUUAAACACUGAAGACGCUUUGCCAGAAAACAGACUGACCGACCGUAUAUGUAUAUCAUACACACAUUAAAUAUACCUAUGUAUAAUAUAUACAUACAAAUUGAUGUAAAAUAGAGUAUUAGUUUAUGUUAUUAUUAUUGUUGUUGUUGUUAUUGUUGUUGUUGUUAUUAUUAUUGUUGUUGUUGUCAUAAUUAUUAUCAUGAUGUAUAGCUGAUAUUAAUAAUUGAUUCGAAGUGAUACGCUGCGACUCCUUCAGAGAUCGUGAAGAAUUUCUCCCCCAUAUGAUAAAUGAAUGAUACAUACAUAGGUAUAUUAUACAUGUGUGAAUGGCUAUAGGCAUACGUGUAAUAUAGUAAACGAUAAUUACCAACGAAAGUUUGGUACUAAUAUAAUAUGCAAAAAGCAGUUGUAUUAUUAGAAUAUGUGUGUCGUAUUAGAUUCUUGAUGUCUAUUUGAGGAUAGACCUUAUACCUAGAACCUUUAAACGAUAUUUUGUAUGUGUGUAUAUGUAUUAUUAAGUUAGGUGCAUUGAAAAUUAGGCUAUCUACCUAUUUAUGUAUGCGUGUUUCGUAUGCGAGAUUAUGCGAAUUUGAUUGUAACUGCGUGCGUACAUAGAUUAUAAUACGCAUAUCGUAUGUGGGUGUGAAUGUCUAUACGUAAAUAUUGAAACAAGAAGUGAAUAAGAUGUUGAAUGAGAUCAGAUAUUCAAUCUAUAAUGAUGUAUAAAAACCAGAAGAACGAACUAUAUCGCGGCCAGUAACAAUGUCGAAGAUAAUUUUGAUGAUGAUGAUGAUGUUGAUGAUUAUAUAAAUUGCACCAUCAAUUUUUGUACAUAUACAGUUAAUAAUUUUAUUAAAAACAAAAUUGUACAUACAA